GAGCUGUGGCUGCGGGGAGGCAAAGAGGAUCGGGUGCUGCACUCUGUGUGGGUCAACUUCCAGACAUCCUCCAGCAAUGUGGCGGCACAUGAUUGGCCCAACGGACAUGUGGGAGCGGCUGGGGGGUGUGGAUGUGUGCUUCACGCCUGGCAGCUUUGGGCAGGCCAAUUACAAGGCGUUUGACUUGAUGCUGACGCAUCUGCACUCGCUCAUUCCUCGCCGCUCUUCGGUGGUGGAGCUUUAUGCAGGGGCAGGGGCCAUAGGGCUGUCCCUUGCCGCUACCACACAGUGCAGUGUACGGUGCUACGAGAUCAAUGAGACAGCAAGGGCGCCCUUCACUCGCUCACUGGAGCGACUGCAGCCGCUGCUGCGUCACCCUGCUUCCGUAUCCUGGCACCAGGCAGACGCAGAGGCGCCUGUUGAGUCCCAUCUAGACAUUCUACUGGAUGCACACGUGGUGCUCGUGGACCCCCCUCGCAGGGGGCUGCACGAGCCAGUCUUGGCUGCGCUGCUGCACGCUGCCAGGCAUGCCGGCAGGCUGUCACAGCAGCAGGCCUACAGGCAGUCCAGCAGCAAUGCUCGUAGUGAGAAGACAAAGCACAGAAGCAGCGGCAGCAGCAACAGCGGUGGGGCGAGAGACGCCUUGACUCUCGUUUAUAUCAGCUGCGGAUGGGACGCGUUUCAGCGGGACUGUGACAAGCUCACCCAAGACGGCCUCUUCCAUCUCUCCCACGCCUCGGCAUUCAACUUCUUUCCUGGCACCAACAGCAUCGAGACACUUGCUGUCUUCACAACGGCCAGGCCACGCACUGUGUAG